AUGCUCGAUCUGAAUAUGUUGGAAGAGAACGACUUGCCCCAUGUCACAGUCGCGGUCAUACCCAGGAUCAAGAAAGUCACUCUAUUGACUCCGGAGACGCGAUUACACGUAGACCGAUUUGCGGACAUAUUCCGAUUGGCGUGUGAGACCGGGCAGACGAUCCACAAGGAGAUGAAGCACGCUGUCAGCAACAGGACGAGCAUGUUGAUUGAAGCGAUGGGUACAGGGCUGUCUCACGGUAUAGGCAGUGGUGUAUUGGAAUGA